AUGUUCCAUGGAUUGCCAAGUGAAGACCCCAUUGACCACCUUGAUGAGUUUGAUAGGCUUUGUGAUUUGACAAAGAUCAAUGGUGUCUCUGAAGAUGCCAUCAAGCUGAGACUCUUUCCUAUGUCUCUAGCUGACAAAGCUCACCAAUGGGAGAAGAGCUUGCCCCAUGGCACAAUCACCACUUGGGAUGAAUGCAAGAAGGCCUUUCUUGCUAAGUUUUUCUCCACCGGUCGCACAGCCAAGCUUAAGGAGAGAUAUCGAGCUUCAUCAGCGAAACAAUGA